AUGGAUAGAAUAUCGAAGAUCGUGGAUGAAGGGAGAUACUAUGAAGCUUUGCAACAGUACAAGUCAACCUAUUUUCGUUACAAGCUGAGGAACAAUCCAGCCACGAUCGACUUGUUGCGAUCAGGGGCUGUGAAGUUGUUGGAACACAAGCAGUACGAGGGAGGUUUGGAGCUGGGCUCUCUGCUUGUGGAGCAUCUGGUUAGCGCCGAUCCAGCGGCAAGCAGUGAUUCUCUCGGAGCUGUAAAGAGCAUAGCAGAAGCGUUCUCUGAGUGCAGCGGAGCGGAGGGACACCAAGUUCAGUAUCUGACCAGAGCGAUCAAAUGGAGCAAAGGAACGCGAGAGAGCAAGAGUGUGGGCGACGCAACUUUGCACCAGUACAUUGCGGAGGCCUACCUCAAACUGAACAACCUGCCCCUUGCGCACAUGCACUUUGCAUGCGGGAAUGAUCCCAAACGUUUUGCAACUCUCCUGAGAGCCAUGAGCUCCGAGUGCAGAGGAGAGGAACAGGAUCUUGUAUGGGCCCGUGCUAUCCUACAAUCCCUUUGCGCUAAGAACCUUGAACUUGCCGUUGGCUUGCUCGAAGAAAGCAUGAAGACGGGAAAUAACAUCGAGUUCAGGAAAAUUCGUCUCUAA